GGGUGUUGUCGGACGGGCUGGUGUUGGAGCCGCAGGGAGAGCAGAAACUGAUUGGAGACAGCGGUCAAUUACACAGGGUAUCAGAAGGGGAAGAUUUGCGGUCAUGAAAUUCCAACCAGAUGUCACAUCUAGAUCCGACAGAGUCACCCAAUUUAUCAUAACCUGAACAUUAUCGGAUUUUGAACAUGGAAAGAAAAAGCACAGUUCAUAAAGAAGAGAAGCCGUGGAAAUGUGGAGACUGUAACGGGGGUUUCAGAUCCCCGUCUGAGCUGGAAACUCAUCGGCGCAGUCACACUGGGGAGAGACCAUUCACCUGCUCCGAGUGUGGGAAGGGAUUCACUAGGUCAUCCAACCUGCUGCAACACCGGCGAGUUCACACUGGGGAAAGGCCAUUCACCUGCCCCGAAUGUGGGAAGGGAUUCACUCAGUUAUCCCACUUGCUGACACACCAGCGAUUUCACACUGGGGAGAGGCCAUUCACCUGCUCCGAGUGUGGAAAGGGAUUCGCUCAGUCAUCCGACCUGCUGAAACACCAGCAAGUCCAUUCUGGGGAGAGACCUUUUAAAUGCCCAGAUUGCAGGAAGUGCUAUAAAAGUUCCCUGGACCUGAUGCGCCAUCAACGUGUUCACACUGAUGAGAGACCAUUCAGGUGCUCUCACUGUGGAACUGGGUUCAGGCGAUCAGACGAACUCAUUGUACAUCAGCGUACUCAUACUGGGGAGAGGCCGUUCACCUGCUCUGAGUGUGGGAAGGGAUUCACUCAGUCAUCUGCGCUGUUGACACACCAGCGAGUUCACACUGGGAAGAGGCCAUUCACCUGCUGUGAAUGUGGGAAGGGAUUCACACAGUUAUCCACCCUACUGAAGCACCAGAGUGUCCACACUAAUGAGAGACCAUUUAAAUGUCCAGACUGCGGGAAGUGCUAUAAAAGUUCACGGGAACUGAUGUCCCAUCAACGUGUUCACACUGAUGAGAGACCUUUUAAAUGUCCAGACUGUGGGAAGUGCUAUAAGGGCUCUGGGGAAUUGAUGCGCCAUCAACGUGUUCACACUGAUGAGACACCAUUCAGGUGCUCUCACAGCAGGACUGGGUUCAGGGGAUCAGAACAACUCACUGCACCCCAGUGAGUUCACACUGGGGAGAGGCCAUUUACCUGCACCAUGUGUAAGAAGGGAUUCAUUGGGUCCUCUGAGCUGAUGCAACACCUGAAAAUUCACACUCAGGAGAAGCCAUUUAUUUGCACUUACUUUGGAAAGAGUUUCAGGCAGUCAACCCACCUCAACGUACACCAUCGAGUUCACACUGGGGAGAGGCCAUUCACCUGUUUUGAGUGCAGGAAGGGAUUCACUCAGUCAUCCAUCCUGCUGAUACACCAGUGAGUUCACACUGGGGAGAGACCGUUCAAUUGCUCUGAAUGUGGCAAGGGAUGCACUACUUCAUCCAACCUGCUGAAGCACCAGCGAGUUCACAAGCAACUGCAGUGAUUGGAUUUUUAUGUCAGUCACAUCCACGACUGAUCCAUGUACAUUGGGGUCUGUUUCUGCUGAUGUUAAUCAACUCCAAACCAGUUAUGUGAACUAAUAAUUGAGAUAAAAGUCAAAUAAAUUGGCUUUGUGUUAAA